AGACCUGACAUCUUGACUUCAUCCUACUAUGUGCCAUGGAAAAUCCUGGAUUUCUGCCCCGCAUUUCUCAUGAAGAUGUAUCUCAAGCUGCGCAGCUAAUUCAACAAGCCUACAAUCCGCAAUCUCAAUUGUCCUCGGAAGAUCAAAGACGGCUUCAACAGCAGUUAUUUGACAUACAGAAGAGGGCAGAAGCAUGGGGACUGGUCAUUCCAUUUUUGAAUCACUCAGAUUAUAAUGUGCAAUUCUUUGGAGCACAUACCGCUCAGGUAAAGAUUGCGCGAGACUGGUCAUCAUUUCCCGAAGAGAACGCUCCACAGCUGCGUGAGCUCAUAGUGGAUCUUACUGGUCUUGCUAUCACGUCUGGCCGAAGUAAAGUGAUAUUACGCAAGUUAUUCGUCGCCAUCAGCUCUCUAGCCCUCAAGCUAUCCUCACGUCAACCUUCACAAUGGCCUGACUGGCUUGUUUCGACUGUUCAGCGACUGUCCGUUAUGGGCGCUUCUUCAGAACAUUUACUUGACUUCCUAGCAAUAGUGGCCGAGGAAGUGGAAAGCGCUGAUCUGCUUGCAAGCAACAAAUCGACCAUACGAAGUACACUCUCGGACGCCAUACCCAUGGUGACACAAGCGAUCGUUACAUGCAUGUCAAGACCGCGGCCGCACCCUUCGCCGAACGAGCUACGAUCGGCUUUGAAAUGCUUGGAAGCAUGGCUUUCGUACCUCCCCGCUGACAAUAUCACGCCUCUUAUACCUGGCCUACUCAUGCUUCUUACACCUAUGCAGCAGUCACCACCUUAUGAAUUUGAGGAGGAGGAAUUUGUUCCUGCAUCAGAUGCACUGCAAGAGAUAAUGUCCAAGUCUGCCCUCUCUGAUGGUGCCGGCACGAAGACAUUGACGGAACCCCUGCUGGUUUGGUGCGAUCGUUAUGGCGGUGCCCUAAUUGAACAGACUUUGAGCGCUGGAUUUGCAGAUAGCGUAUCACGUUCCUUCUGCAAACUUCUCGCCGGCUUAGGCGAACAUUCAAACCAGUAUCUUGCUUCCAGUCUUGCAUCAUCUGUAGUUCCAUCACCCGUCCUGCCUGACAUCCUCGCCUCACCAUCGUUGCCGACUAAAUCACAUCUAGUGCACAACUACCUUAAACUGCUUCUCGCAUAUACUUCUCUACCUGGAUAUCAUGGCGUUGACGAAGAGGAAAGCGAACUCACACUCGGAUUCUGGUAUCUUUUCCAGGAGGCGCUGUGGAACACCGAUGCAGAAUUGGAUCAGGGGGAGGUUGACGCCGCAGAACACAUCAAAGCGGAAAAGGAUCAAUGGAUCGUGGCGAAAGCAGUAUACUCGGAGUUGGUCAAAGUACUACGACGUAAAGUGGUGUGGCCACCUGCUGACGUUCUUCGUGGAUGGACGAGAGACCAGCGGGACAAAUUUCAAGCUUAUCGCCGGGACGUCGGAGACACUCUGAUCAAUGCUUACUAUAUUCUUCGCGAUGACAUGGUCACAUACUAUGUUGACGAACUUGCACGCUAUCUUUCCCUCAGACAACCCAACGAUGGGUGGGAGGAAGCGGAAGGCACAUUACAUUGUAUCAUGGCCGUCCAGGAGUCUAUUCCCAUUGAGCCCAAUCCUGAUCUCUGCCGGCUUUUCAGCGCAGAAAUCCUCGGUCGAUUACCGAUCUCUGGAGGUGGGAGAGUACGACGAACAAUGAUACUUCUAAUAGGUAGUUAUGCGUCUUGGUUCACAACACAACCCGUCGUCCCUCCGAGUUCUUCCGCGCCUUCUUUACUUCUCAACGCUCUGUCAUAUGUGGUUUCCGCCCUUACCGAGCCGAGCCUUUGUUUACCUGCUGCAAAUACUUUACGUGACCUUUGCGAUGCCAACCGGACUGCUCUAGCACCACAUAUCGUAGCAUUUGGAGAGCUCCAUGCACAGGUAGCGAAUAUACCGGACACGGAGAAAAGUAAGGUACUGCAGUCCAUUGCCAGUGUAAUCCAAGCACUACCUCCAGAGGAAGAGAUUCCACCGAUCGAAGCUAUCCUCACGCCAGUCAUCGCCAAGCUCUUCGAGGCUUUGCAAUCGUCAAGUUUUCAGCAAGAAGAAGCACGUGCUGUCGCUAUUCAGCAGAUACUCAUCUUGGCAGGGGUAUCAAAAGGUCUUACUCGGACGGUCGACUCUCUGCUUGUGCUCGAUGAGAGUCCGGAAGAGCAAGCGGAGAUAGAGCGGAUGAAACGUGCCCGCGAUGACCCUUGUGUUGUCAGACUGAGGGAAGUAAUCCUGGAUGCCAUACAAAGGACGAUAAACCUGUGGUCGACAGAUGCAAGCAUCAGUAACGCCUUGAGUGAACUAAUCAAAGCGAUUACGGCGCUACCGAGCGAUGUCACGCUACUCACGUUGCCUCCUGGGCCGCUUCUGGAGCUCAUAUGCAUUGCUUCACAGAGACAACUCACGGCUGUCUGGUUCAAUCUCGCACAGAUGCUAGUCACCCAGUUGAACCCUCCAUCUCUAUUGCCCACGUUAUUUAAGCCAAUACCUACGGCGGAAGCGCACGCCAUUGUGCUGAACGCCCUUGCUGCCCUCCUACAGGCAACCUUGAGUUUCUUCAGUCAGCCGGGAACCAUGGAAGCAAAUCCUGAUAUCGUCCAAGCAUUCUUCACCUUUGUUGAUGUGAUCGCCCAGCACUUCAUACCGGUCUUUUAUCAACUCCCACACGACCUCUUCAACGCACUCAUGCAAUGCGCAAUAUCGGCACUUUCAUUACAAGAACGAUAUUCGCUAGUGUCGGCUUGUACAUUCUUAGUGAGGCGCUAUUGUCAACAAGACCUCGACAAACGACGACCUAAAGGAAGCCAAAACGAUGCUCAUACAGACUCAUGGCAGGUCCAUCCUACGAGCAGUCCUCUGUGGUUUCGCAGGCCAAGCUCCACGCUCUGCAAACCCCAAUCUCAUCGAAGUACUUUCUACGAUGGUCACUAGGUUCCCUGCAGAGACGAGAACAUGGAUGGCCGAGAUUCUCUACGCAGAUGAUUUCCCACCUUCAAAGGCGACACCUGAAGCGAAAGAGAAAUUUCUCAAGAGCAUAUUCAGUUCACGCUCUCUGCGACGGACCCGUGAUGCAGCCCAGCAGUUCACGCUGGUGGCGAGAGGGUUGGAAGGGUCCAGCUUCGGAUACGCCUCUGUAACGAUGUAAGAUUUGUCUCUUUUGAGAUACUCUGUCAACCGAUUACUUUAGAACUCUGUUAAAUUACGCUGUAUCCGCUAGCUUUCAAUCCAUCGUUAUCCAUGAAACACUGUCAUGAGAGACCUUUCCAGAUAAAAUUCAUUGCACGAGAUGCACGAGUACUCUAUAUAUAUAUAUGGCGCAACACUGGCUUUCCGGUAACCGAUACUUUUAUUCAAUCGUCGCGAUAGACACAUUACACGGAAACGAAGCGUAGCAAUGCACAGAAUGGAAGAUAGCCGUACAGAGAGUAAGAGAGAAGAUGGAAAUGAAAACGAGACGAACAAAGAGAUGGACGUGGCAGAGUUAGAGGCAGAGGUAGUAGCGGUAGAAAGCUGGUAGUAGAGACGUGAACCGUUCGGUGGUGUUAGACGUGAAUUCGAUACUAAUAGUAGAAUACUUCUAAUCCUUCGAUCGUUCAUAACGUUAGGAAGGAGCGAUAAUGCGUUUAUUGCUGCGCGGCUUGUUCAGCCCUAGCCUUGGCUUUCGCAGCCAU